AAUGUAAAAUUCUGCAAAUAAAACAAAUAUUUCAAAAUAUGUAAUAAAACAUUAAAAAAUGACUGAAUAAAUUUUUUAAAAAUCUAUAUAUAUAACAAAACAAUGACCUUGUGGCUAAAAUGAUAGGGACCAUUGUUGGGUUUGUAAAAGGUUGCUGGCAGUUGCAAAUUGAAAGCAGACGACAAGGAAGGCUCUUUGCUGCUGUUAGUGAAGAGAAAAUUAGGUGGAACAUUUAGAGACAAAUUAGGAAGCCAUAACAAAGACAGGAAACUGUAAAAAAUAAACAAAAGUAUAAAGGAAUUUAUUUGGUAUUUCAAUUGGUAAUGGUCAGUGAAGUUUAAUUUUAAUUGUUAAUAGAUAUUUGAAAUUUUUUUUAAUGAAAAAAUUAUUUAUUUGUUUUAUUUGCAUUUAUAAAUCGCCUUUUAUUGUAAAAUGACGGAAUAUUUAAUUUUAAAGACUAGCUCAGAAUCUUCUAUCUCUGCUAAUAGCAUUCUCUGGUCUAAGUCCUUUUUUAGUUUUUACCGUUUUUAAUUUCAGGGACUUAAAUUGAUUAAAGUAACUUAAAUAAAUUCCAGAAAAAAUAUAAAAGAAAUUACUUGGAAAAACCAUGAAGGUCUACGUUAAAGUGUUGAAUGGCGCCAGCAUUAGUCUCACGGUAACAGAGAACACUACAGUAGCAGAACUGAAAAAGUUGGUUUCUCAGGAGUUAGACGUACCGAUCAAUAAGCAGAGAUUAGUGUUCAAGGGAAAACCAUUGCAAGAUGACCAGAUGCUAAAAUCCUAUGAUGUGAUAACAGAGAGCAGAAUAAUGCUUACAAUAAAGAAUGAUGGCCAGCCAGGUAACGGUACCAAGCCACUCAUCAAUCAAACCAGCAGACAAGCAGCACAAAGCUUUGCAGAGAAGAGAACAUCUUCCUCGUUUUCCUUCUCCUCUUCUUCAUCAUCAUCGUCGUCGUCGGCCAAUCAAACCCAGCAGCAACCACAGACGCCAUUCCAACAGCAGCUGAAAUCAAUCCUCCUCAAACAUUUCAGCAUUGUUGAUUCUGCAAGGAUUUUAGAGCAAUACAACAAAAAUUGGAACAUAGCAAUGAGCGGCCUCACAUUGGAUAACAUUGAAAAAACCGCAAGACUGAAUCUGGCCAGAGCCUCUUAAGUUGUCAUGUCACAGCUCUCAGCCAUACUCUACCCACUAUAUCCAUCUUUUUAUUCCUUUCAUUUAGACAUUUGAUGAAAUAGAAUAACGUUGUUUUCUAUCGUAUCAAGUUCAUAAAACUCAAAACGAAUAUCAAACAUUCACCGUUUCUAUCAAUCUAUCCGUUAGUUUCGACAAUUCGAUAUGUAUCUUACAUAUGUAUCUUGAUAGAAAUAAUAAUUGAUAAUGACAACAGUGACUUCAUAUCAAAAAUUUAAAACUGUUUUUAAAUUAAAAUAAUAUUUAUUCCUCUCCAA